AGGAGUCCCUGGUGUCCCAGUGGGGCUGCAUGGACCCAAUUGUCCAUUGUGACCCUGCCCAUCCAAGGAGUCCAUCUUGACACCACGGAAGCUCAUGGAACGAGGAAAAGGGGACUUCAAGUUUCUCUUCAAAAGGCGCUGUUCACUGAAGUUGGUGAGGCCUGAUGAGUUUGACAUGUACAGAGUGGGAGUAACGUGAAGAUACAGGAGUUUCAGAGACAGUCCCACUGUGGUCCAUCACCAACACAGGCUCCUCCUGGACUCCUUGGAGGAGAAAAGGGGAGGCCCUGAUUGCACAAAGCUCUCAGAGACUCCAAGGCAAAAGCAAACCCCAAAGUCCUCUGAAAAACCUGCAGUCCCUGGGAGCAUGAAGGAGCCCCCCAGGGCCAUUCCUGACCAAGGCUCCCCAGGGACUGGUCCCAGCACAUCCCUGAGGCCACUGGGAUGUGGGGGGAUGCUGAGGGCAGCACAAGGGGUGACAGUGGCCAGCCUUGCUGGGGCUGUGCCAGGAGGCCCCAGUGGCUCAGGACAAGGUGUCUCCUCACAGCCCUUGGUGGCACAGACCCUGCUGUGCCCCAGGACACCAAGACUUGGCUUCUCUUUGUCCCCGCCUGUCAUAUCUGCUUCCAAUUUCCUCCUCUAACUGGAACCUGGAUACUUUCUCAGUUGUGUCCCUCAGUGGGACCUGUUAAAACUUGAAGAAACUUUGGAGUUUGAUUCUGACUUGGAAUUCUUGAGAGGUUUCUUCAGCUCCCUCUCAGGGACUGAUGUUCAGGGCCUCAACACAAACCCCAAGAGAGUCGUUAAAGUCCUUAUGAUGCGUCUGUGCUGCUAAGCUGGGCUGGGCUUCUGGCACAGAGGGCCAUCCUGGCAACCAAGAACAGCUUCAAAAGCACAUUUCUCUUGAUGAGCAACUUUUCUCAGAGCCCAGCAGGGCUGGGGCACUGCCUGCAGCCACCCCAGGCACAGCACGGGGCACAGAGAGCUUCAGUCAAUCAGGACUGGGAAGAUGCUCAGAAUUCACUGGGGCAGAAUCACUCCCAGCCCUUGGCACAGGAAGCCUCUGGCUACAGGACAAGGCAGCUGCAGCUCCUGCAGUGAUCUCCUAAAGCUGGAACAUCCCAAUGCCUACAGACUCUAUCCUCCUGCCAAGACACAGCAAAUGUCCAACAGCAGCUCCAUCAGCCAUUUCCUCCUGCUGCCAUUGGCAGACACGCGGCAGCUGCAGCUCCUGCACUUCUGCCUCUUCCUGGGCAUCUCCCUGGCUGCCCUCCUGGGCAACGGCCUCAUCAUCAGCGCCGUAGCCUGCGGCCACCACCUGCACACCCCCAUGUUCUUCUUCCUGCUCAACCUGGCCCUCACUGACCUGGGCUGCAUCUGCACCACUGUGCCCAAAGCCAUGCACAAUUCCCUCUGGGACACCAGGAACAUUUCCUACUCUGGAUGUGCUGCACAGCUCUUUAUGGUUGUCUUCUUCCUUGGAUCAGAACUUUCCCUCCUGACCAUCAUGUGCUACGACCGCUACGUGUCCAUCUGCAAACCCCUGCACUACGGGACCCUCCUGGGCAGCAGAGCUUGUGCCCACAUGGCAGCAGCUGCCUGGGCCAGUGGCUUUCUCAAUGCUCUGCUGCACACAGCCAAUACAUUUUCCCUGCCCCUGUGCCAUGGCAAUGCCCUGGGCCAGUUCUUCUGUGAAAUCCCACACAUCCUCAAGCUCUCCUGCUCCAAAUCCUACCUCAGGGAAUUUGGACUAAUUGUGAUUAGUAUCUGUUUAACAUCUGGAUGCUUUGUGUUCAUUGUAUUCUCCUAUGUGCAGAUCUUCAGGGCUGUGCUGAGGAUCCCCUCUGAGCAAGGACGGCACAAAGCCUUUUCCACCUGCCUCCCUCACCUGGCUGUGCUGUCCCUGUUCCUCAGCACUGCAGUAUUUGCCUACCUAAAGCCCUCCUCCAUCUCCUCCCCAUCCCUGGAUCUGGUAGUGUCAGUUCUGUACUCAGUGGUGCCUGCAGCCGUGAACCCCUUCAUCUACAGCCUGAGGAACCAGGAGCUCAAAACUGCAAUGUGGACACUGAUAACUGGACGAUUUCAGAAAAAUUAACCUCGUUACAAAUUUCUUCCAAUAACUUUUAAUAAAAGUAAUUCCGCAUAUAACUUUUUU